CCAAAUAAGAUGAAAAAGAAGAAGAAGUAUAGAGGAAGUUGUUUAGAGACAGAAGUCGUUCUGUUUGUCAUCAGGUGGGUUUUGGGCGUUUAUUGUAGAAUAUAGUUAUAAUUAAUACACUUUCUUUAAAAAGUCACCAAAGUGGUAACAUCCUGCCUGACAACAACAGUACCACUGCGGCCAAGCCUGCUGCGCCUGACCGAGAGAUACGAUGCGAGCAUCAGAGGAAGCAUGUGGCAUCGGCAAUAGUGUGGACAACAUCUGCAGGCUUUCUCCAGAUCUGUUAGCAGAAGCAUGUCUGCACAUUCUGAUUUAUCUUCAAGGGCAGGGUAGAGGAGUGGAUUCAGCUGAAAUAUCUGAUAGAUUUCAGAGUGCGGGAGUCAGAGUUGACCAUGAAGCUCUGCAGAGCAUUAUCAGAUUUCUUUUGUUAACAUUCAGAUCAGCUGGGAAGAGCAACAUCUCGGGAGAUGAGCUUGUGUCUAGGCUGGAAGACGGCAGCAGCAAGUGGCCCAAAGCUUCGCUCCAGGUGCUGCACAGGUUGUGGACUGAACACGGUGCAUCAGUCCAUGCUCAGCAGGACGUCCAGGCCAUUUUCAGCAUCGGCCAGUUAGUGGACAUGCAGUGGAAGCUCAGCAUGGCGGUGAGCUCCGACACCUGCCGAUCUCUCAACUCCCCGUACGUUUGUCUGCUGCUGAAGGUCGUCGAACCCUCGGGACAUAUUUGUCAGAGGUCUUUCGAGAUGACCAUUCCACAGUUCCAGAACUUUCACAAGCAGUUCAAGGAGAUGGCAGCUGUCAUGGAGACUGUAUGAUGGUUGUAAGCACACACCUAAGGGCUUGUUUCAGUUAUUCUCCAGUUUACAUUUAACCAGAGGAAGAACAGCUUGACAUUAGUGUUUGUCUGUCUCAAAAUGUGCAUAUGACUUGUUGCAAAUGCCAAAUGUGAGCUCUGGCCAUAGGUUUUUCCGCAUAUUGAAAAAGCUCAUGAAUUAUAAAUUAUUCUCCUGUUGUGCCUGUUGUCACUUUGUAUGCCAAUAUUUUAUUAUUCUUCCUCCCAUUAACUUAUCCAGAUAUCGGUACAUGUGGUGUAUACCUAAACUGCUAAUACUACAAAUCCAUCCAUGAAAGAAAAUAUAUAUUUUGCUACAUUCGUUUAUUGGUCACAAAAUGUCAAAUGCUGAUACGGUUUAUAUCAAUCAGAUUUCCUCUGACAUUGUACUUAUACAUUUCCACAGUGAAAACAACUGUUUUUGAAAAUCCUUUUUUCUUAUGUAGGACAAGAGAUUGUUAUUAACCCACCAUACAUUAUCCUUUAUGCUCUAUAGUUUCAGAUAAUGUUUAAAAUCUCAUAUCAGAAAGUAGAAUCGUCUGCAUGAACUUUUUACAGUCUUUUGUGUUUGUGUCUAACUCAUGAAGACUUUUGCGGUUUAUGUUUAAAUGCCUACUGUGUUUCUGAGUUGGCCUUUUCCUUUUCUAUUCUUGUUCCAUCCUCACUUCGGUGUGACGCACCAGUGAAAACAAUAAAUACGUACUAAAAUGCAAA